UGUUAUGUGGAAGGUGUGCGCGAGUCAGUUGUUCAGCUCUCCCAGAUGUGUACACACGCUACUCCUCAUUUUAUUUUAUAUUCCAUUAAAAAUGAAGCUGAUACAUAAGGAUAUCGAUAAGGAUGGCCGAGGCAAGAUGGUGCUGUUGCCGGAUGAGGGAGAAGAUAUGUGGCACACUUACAACAUCAUGAUGGAAGGAGAUUGCCUGAGGGCAACUACGAUCCGCAAAGUCCAACAAGAGUCUGCCACAGGAUCAUCCACGUCAUCCCGGAUUCGCACAACCAUCACCAUCAGAGUUGAAGCCAUCACUUUUGACACCGGGGCAUGUAUGCUUAGAGUAAAGGGUCGCAAUGUUGAAGAGAAUCAAUACAUUAAGAUGGGCGCAUACCACACCGUGGAUUUGGAACCGAAUCGAAAGUUUACACUCUUCAAGGAACAGUGGGAUUCUGUUACUAUAGAACGUGUUGAUAACGCUUGUGACCCAGCUAAGCAUGCAGACCUGGCAGCUGUGGUGAUGCAAGAAGGGCUGGCUUUUGUCUGCCUAAUUACAUCUGCCAUGACUGUUGAUCGAGCCAAGAUAGAUGUCAACAUCCCUAAGAAAGGAAAGGCUGAUGAUACUCAAAGGAAGAAAGCAGUUGCCAAGUUCUUCGAUCAGGUGAUGGCAGCCAUCAUUCGUCAUCUAAACUUUGAGGUUGUUAAAGCAGUGUUAAUAGCUUCUCCAGGCUUCGUCAAGGAUCAGUUCUUCGAGUACAUGAUGAGGAAUGCUGUGCAGACAGAUAUUAAGCUCUUGUUGGAAAACAAGAGUAAAUUUGUCCUUGUGCAUUCAUCUAGUGGCUUCAGACACUCUCUCAGGGAGGUACUUGAGGAUCCAGCAGUAACUGCAAAGUUGGCAGACACCAAAGCAGCUGGGGAAACAAAGGCUCUUCAGCAAUUUAUGACCAUGUUAGGAACUGACCCUGAUCGUGCUUACUAUGGUAUCAAACAUGUUGAAAGAGCCAAUGAUAGCCUGGCUAUUGAAACCCUGCUGGUCUCCGACAGUCUGUUUAGAUCCAAAGAUUUGGAUGAGAGGCAAAGAUAUGUGAGGCUGGUUGAUAGUGUGAAAGGUAAUGGUGGUGAUGUCAAGAUAUUUUCCAGCCUUCAUGUUUCUGGUGAACAAUUGGACCAGAUGACCGGUGUAGCAGCUAUUCUUCGGUUUCCCAUGCCAGAGAUAGAAGAGGAAGAUCAUGCAUUAGAUUCUGAUGAAGAAUAAAUCUUAUACAAAGGGAAUGCACUAUAGCCCAUUUGUUUUAGUCUCUGUCAUCAUUUUAUAACCAUACUCAUGCUAUAUUUUUGUUUAUAAUCCAGAUUUCAGUCAUAAAUUUUAUAUUUUACUUUAGUUUAUCACAAUAUUAUGUAUUUUGAGUUGGUACCCAUUUUAACUUUGCAAAAUAUAUAAAAUAUUAAAGGGUUUUUUCACACAGCAUUAAUCAGAAAUGCAUGAAACAUUGUGUUAAAAUGUACAAAUUAAAGCCUCUGUGUACAUUAUAAAAGAAUAGUAGAUUAUUAUCAAUAACUACUUAUUUAAUUUGACAUCUUUCACUUAAACAAGUCCAUGCAGUAUAGUAUAUUCAAUGAGAUUGGCUAGCCUAUAAUUUUGAAUAGGAAUAAUUUUUUGAACUGCAUGUAACAUGUUGUUAGCCACUCAUACUUGUAGAAUACAGUAUAAAUACAGGUAAGUUAGUUUGUAUUUGUAAUUCAUGAGGCACACCAGCCAGUAAUGCAAAAUAAAUAUCAUGCACCUGCGCAUGCACGCGCACACACACACGCAUACAUUUUCAUACAUAGGCACCCACCCCACCCCUACACGUACAUACAUAUAUGGGAAGAAGCCACUAUAAAAUGAAUAACCAUAUAAUGAAAAAUGCCAUUGUAAAAAUAGCAAUAGAAAUGCUUUGCGUGCUUAUAUGCCUUUACAUACAUUGUCUAAUGAGAAGGUGUGUGUAAAUGCACAAAAACCCUCAUGUUUCUGCUCGUAUUUUUCACUGGUAUAUUUUCUCAUAUCAUGGUUAAAUAUUUUCCCUGAGCUACAAACCUUUGUCGUAGUGUACAGUACUUUGAUGAUUGCCAGUAGUAUCUACCAUAUAAUAAGACACUUUCAUUAAUACAAUCAUUGUAAUUAAUGAGAAGUAACUUUUACUUUAUUACCAUUGUUGUGCUAGAGUUCUGAUCUUUCAUUAACCUGGAUUGGGAUCCCUGUAUAUUAACAGAUUAUGAAUAUACAUGCAAUAGCUAACUUAUUAAAACUAGGAUUAGACAAGUUUUAUUUUUUGCAUAAAAAGUAAAUUUAACAAUGGUCAGAUUGCUAUUGAAAUAAACUGGUACAGUUGAUUAAUAAAAUUUGUAAAUACCAUGACAUCAGUGAGUUUUCAGUUUGAUUAAUGAGUUGUUAAUUUUGUAGUAAAGUUGUAAUGCAUAAAAAUUAAGGGUAUCUACGUAAAGGAUGUAAUAUAGUAAUCAAACAACUACAAUGAGUUUUAGCUCUGCUAGGUCAUGAGUGUAAGAGAUGAUGUCUUUGAUUUAGGAUUGUAAGAAACUAUUUUGGUAAAUAUGUUGUCCACCAUGCUUGACCCAGUUAAUAACAUUUAGCAGUAUUUGUACUUCCUGGGGUAAUGCAGGUUAACUUGUAUAUGCAGUUCACAGACAGUACAAUAUUGCAUAUUUAUGCAAGAGUUUGAAACUAGUCCAUGUGUAUCAUUUGUUGCAGAGUAAAAAUGGCUUACAAAAACUUUAUGUAUAAAGUGUAUCAUGUUCGUUUGAAUAAUAGUACUGUAAUCUAGCUUUAGGCUCCCUAUCAUGGAGCCAUAUAUUUUCACAUGGUAGGUCAAGAUACAUUUCGACAUUUUUUCUUCUCAUCCUGUGACAUUACAUGUAAUUUGUAAAUUGAUAUAAUAGUGCUUAAAUGUUUUAUUUGAAAGUGAUCCUCUGGUUUUCAAAUAUAUAUAUUGUAAAAAUACCAUAAAUUUGUAUGCCAUAAAUAUUUUUUUUAUUAACACAUCGACCUUCUCUCACCAAGGCAAGGUGGCUUCCCCCCCCCAAAAAAAAAAGAAAAACUUUCAUCAUCAUUCUCUCCAUCACUGUCUUGCCAGAGGAACACUUGCACUACAGUUAUAAAACUGCAACAUUAACACCCCUCCAGAGUGCAGACACUGUACUUCCCAUCUCCAGGACUUCAGUCCGGCCUGCAGGUUUCCUUGAAUCCCUUCAUAAAUGUUACCUUGCUCACACUUCAAUAACAUGUCAAGCCCUAAAAACCAUUUGUGUCCAUUCACUCCUAUCAAACACGCUCACACAUGCUUGCUGGAAGUCCAAGCCCCUCGCACACAAGACCUCCUUUACCUCUUCCCUCCAACCUUUCCUAGGCCGGCCCCUACCCUGCCUUCCCUCCACUACAGAUUUAUACAACAUAAAUGUCUUAAUUAAUUUUCAGGAAAAUGUUAAUAAAAUUACCUGUUCUGUAUCAGAACAAGUCAUUACUUACUCCAAGCAUAACACUUCUUGAUGUAAAAAAUAAUACAUUGUGGCUGAAAUAAAUAAAUGCAUGUACAAAA